GUUGUGUCUGGUUCCGGCUCCGGUUCAAAUUCGAAACGUCUCCGAUCCGCUGUUAAAAAAAUGAAUGCCCAAUCUGUGGUGCGUCGGCAUCAGCACAGUUUUUCCAUCGAACAGAUUCUGGCCAAGCCCGAGCCACAUAAUCCCAGCAACUAUGUCGAUCAAGCGACCAACUUUCAAGUGAUCCAUGAUCAUCAAUCGCAGCUAAGUCACAAUGAUAGUAUUUCACGGGUUUCCAGUCCGGCCACUUCCAGCUGUCUAGAUGACAAUCUAGAGGAUGGAAAAAGUGAUAUAGAGCUUGCGUCGGAUGACGGCAGUGCGCACGAGGAUCGCAAGAAGCGUCCACGAACCGCCUUCUCCGCUGCUCAGAUCAAAGCACUGGAAACGGAAUUCGAGCGUGGCAAAUAUUUAUCGGUGGCCAAACGCACAGCGCUGGCCAAGCAGCUUCAGUUAACCGAAACGCAGAUAAAGAUCUGGUUCCAGAACCGGCGCACCAAGUGGAAGCGCAAGUACACCUCGGAUGUGGAAACACUUGCCUCCCACUACUACUCCCAACUGGGUAUGGGCGGUCUUGCACGUCCCAUGGUCGUUGGCGAUCGUCUCUGGCUAUUUAGCCAAACUCCCGCUGGACCUACGCCCAUUCAGUCCAUCAUGUUGAACGGUAGCGGUGCCGCAGCGCCCAUGCGCCCAUAUGGAGCAGCGCCUGUGAAUGCGCCCGGUAUGCCACCGCUGCAUGGCUCGAGUGUGAUCGAGAGUGCCAGGAAUGCAAUACUGUCGCGGGGACAGCCGCUUAACUAUACGCUGCCCUUUGGCUUGGCCAAGCCAUCACCAGCCCCACCACCGCCACCGGGUGCAGUUGGCACCAUCGUGCCUCGCUGCAAGCCCUAUGCCAGCAGCUUUGUGAAUUAUGCGGCGCCAGAUGCACACAGUGAAGCCUAUUUGCAGCUGAAAUACGCGACGCUGCCACCGGAAACGGAGGCGGAUGCCAGCAAUGGACUGGCCGAGUUGGAGCGCGUAUUUGGCGAUGCCAAUGCCAAUUUUCUGUUGCACAAAGGCCAACCAGCUGUGAGCAACAUUAACAGCAGCACAUCCUCUGCUGGCUAUGGGCACGAAGGACUCGCGCAUGCACAACGCAAUCGCCGAGCCACACAAUCCGAGUCCGAGUGCAGCGACAUUGAUUGCGAGCAACUGGACGAGGAUGAGGAUGCUGUUGAGCAGUAGAUUUAAAUA